AGAUUCUUAUAAAAAGAACUUAGGCUGUGAAAAUCCAGCACAAGCUGAAACGUAUAGCAAGAGAUUCAAAACCUGCUGGGACUUACAAGUUUUACAAACCAGGUUUCUGCAGAAGAGGAAGAAGGGGUUUCAUUCCCAAGAGCGGAUGUUGGGUGGCGUGUCACAGCAGGAGCCACCCUGUUAGAUGUCCUCGAGGUCUCUCCCAGGACAUGCCAGCUGGACACUCCUUGGGACUGCCCUGUCCUGCCCAAGGGGACCUGACUAGUUCCUGCCCUGCCUGGAGCCCUGUGUCCCUGUGCUGCCACAACUUCCACGUUGUCCCUGUGCGAGCGGGCUGAGGAGCAGCCGGGAGCCGGAGGGGCUGUGCCGCAGCAGGAGGUGCCUGGUGCCAGCCAUGUGCCCAGCUGGGUGGCACCCCCAGCCCCCCGACGCCGUGGGCCUGUCUCAGUAGCCCCCCCGGGCUCUGCUGCCCCGUGCUGUUGAUGUUGAGCGUGUUGUGCUUCAGGGUGCUGAGGAAAAUGCAGAGGCGGCACAGCAGCAACACGGACAACGCGCCUCCGGAAAGGAACCGGAGCCAGACGGUGAGUUCCGAGACCAGCGUGGAUGAGAGCGGAGUGUUCGAAAGCCUCAAGGCCGAGGCCUCCUCCCCUCAGCAGCUCUUCUCGGGGCUGGCCGGGAUCCCCUCGGGCACCAUCACGGCCGCGCCCUUCCGAGUUCCCCCUGACAGUACCUUCCCUGCAGGGAUUGCUGUGUGCAUUGGCAUGGCCAGCACCUUCGCCUACGCCAACUCCACGCUCCGAGAGCAGGUCGCCCUGAAGGAGAAGAGAUCAGUGCUGGUUGUGUUCUGGAUCCUGGCCUUUCUCACUGGAAACACCUUGUACUUGCUUUACACAUUCAGCUCUCAGCAGCUCUACAACAGCCUGAUCUUUCUGAAGCCCAACCUGGAGAGGCUGGACUUCUUCGACCUGAUGUGGAUCGUGGGCAUCGCAGACUUCGUGCUCAAGUACCUCACCAUCGCCCUCAAAUGCCUCGUGGUGGCCCUGCCCAAGAUCAUCCUGGCUGUCAAGUCCAAGGGCAAGUUCUACCUGCUCAUCGAGGAGCUGAGCCAGCUGUUCCGCUGCCUCGUGCCCAUCCAGCUGUGGUACAAAUACAUCAUGGGAGAUGAUCCCUCGGGCAGCUACUUCCUGGGGGGAGUCCUGAUCAUCAUGUACAGCCUCUGCAAGUCCUUUGACAUCUGUGGCCGUGUGGGAAGUGUCAGGAAGGCACUGAAGGUCCUUUGCACCCCCCAGACCUACGGGGUCCGUGCCACCAGCCAGCAGUGCAGCGAGGCAGGAGACAUCUGUGCCAUCUGCCAGGCAGAGUUCAGGGAGCCCCUGAUCCUCCUGUGCCAGCACGUGUUCUGCGAGGAGUGCCUGUGCCUGUGGUUCGACAGGGAGAAGACGUGUCCCCUGUGCCGCUCGGUCACCGUGGAGACCCUGCGCUGCUGGAAGGAUGGCACCACCUCUGCCCACUUCCAGGAGCCAACGGAACAGUCGUCGCCGGCCGGGAACUCUGUCCUCAGAGGCAAGGAGAUGUGGUUUGUGCCUUGGCUGAGCUACAGCCAGGGAUUUUCCUGGAGCUGACGUGGUUAUGAACUGCCUGGGAUGUUUCCUGCUUCCCUGUCCUUUUAGUGUGGAUAAAUCCCACGUGGACAAGUGGAUUUCAUGGCUAUGACCUGAUGUGCUGCAGCAAAGCUGUGCCCGGCUCGGGCCUCUGCUGAGGUGUCUCACGUUAUAUGGCCCCAGAUUCCCUGGAUCCAUAGCUUUGUAGGAUGACACAGUGGCUGUUACAGAACCUCUGGGAACUCUUCCCAAGCAGGGCUUCAGAACUUCAUGUCCAAAAGGUCACCUGGGGCUGGAGAGAUGGCAUUUCCCAGCAGCCACAUGUGUGCAGUUGGUUCCACCAAUGGCACAACUGUGGCUGCAAGUGUCAUAAAAUCAUUAAAAAGUCAGGAAAGACCAGGCAAGU